CCUGUCCUUGAAAGAUUGUCGGAUUUCGUGAAAGUGAAGCUCUGAGUGAUCUUAUUAAACGGCCGUACGAUAUGUGAAUUUGACCAGUGAAGUUCGGAACUGUUGAUGUUCACUGUCAGUGAAACGCGGUAAACAACCACUCACUCGAGCUUUUCCUCUCUCACUUCUUUCGGCUGCAAAGCGCAUAUCUCCCCUGCUUUCCACAGUUUCAAUUCUCUUUGUCCUUUUGAAACAUUCCUCAUCCACAUUCCACCGCUACCAUUCUUGCUCAAUUCUUUGUUACACAAAUACCCCUCGGUUCCAAUUACGCAACAAUGUCUGCCACCUUCAUGCCCGAGUCGAUGGCUCUGCUCCUUGAGAAGUAUUCGCCUGAACAGAUCGCCGAAGUCAUCGAUGCCGUGAUGAAGAUGCGCCCUGUCGCUGCUGUCGCUUCGACUACUCCUGCUACUGUCGCUGGUAUUGGCUCUGUCUCUACCUCUGCCAUCACUGAGCGCAAGAAGCGCGCAAAGAAGUCGACUGCCGCAUCCAAGAAUGCGCAUGCGCAGACAUCGCCUCGCGCUGCUGGCAGCAUCGCGCCUACUCGCCCUCUCAACUCCUGGAUGGCCUUCAGAAGUUACCAUUCUCCCAUCUUCAAGUCUUACCAGCAGAAGGACAUCUCCGGAUUCUUGACUUGCAUGUGGCAGAACGACCCUUUCAAGGCCAAGUGGAGCAUCCUUGCUAAGGCCUACUCAAUCAUCCGCGAGAGCAACAGCAAGAGCGAUGCACCUCUUGACAUGUUCCUUGCUGUCACUUGCCCUCUCAUUGGUGUCAUCCCCAGAGAUGAAUACCUUCGUGCCAUGGGAUGGACUAUUGCCGAGCUUGACGAUGGCGUGAAGCACAUGGAGCGCCUCUACACUCCUCAGAUCGCUUCGUUCCCUGAGAGCAUUCUUACGACUAACAUGUCUUCUGAGGACAUUGUCGCUCACUGCCUUCGCGUCAGCUACGUUCGCCAGAAUGACACCGACGUUGCUCGCAACAACCAAGGCUCGACUGCCGCGCUUACCAUGGCUGCUCAGCCUACCUCCAACUCAAACCAAGUCCAGCAGAACAACCUCGCCGCUCACACCCGCGGCAUGUCUGGCGCCUUCGACAUGGGUGCUCAGUCUGCCUCCAACUCAAGCCAAGUCCAGCAGAGCAAUCUCGCCGCUCACACCCGCGGCAUGUCUGGCGCCUUCGACAUGGUUGCUCAGCCCGAAUCAGCCCAGCAGUUCAUGCCACCUCAGUCCAACUCAGCCCAACGCUUCAUGCCUGCUACCCAGUCAACCUUCUACUCCCCUCAAACAGCCAGCAACACAUCCUCGCCUGGCCAGUUCGUUGUCGACUCAGAGCAGGCUCAGCAGGACCAGCAGGACGACCACGACUACUUCAACGUUCAGGACGCCUUGAACGCCAACAACAACGGCGCAGUCGGUGCCAGCGGCGCAGUCAGACAGACUGUUCACGACCUUUCGAGCCAGCAGUACCCCUUCAUGGACGAGUUCGACCCGUUCUCGGCCAGCGCUCUUGACUUCGAUCCCUUCAGCAUGAACCAUGAUGCCGCCUUUGCCAGCAACAGCAUCGGCACCUAUCUCGCUCCUGGUGACAGUGUCUUCCCCGAGACCUUCGACAUUGACGACCUCUUGAGCAGCGAUCUCUUCGACAUGACCAAGUAAGGCACGUCGUUGUCGCAAGGCAACAAAUCUUUGCAGUCAGCUCUCAGUGACCCGCUGAGCGUCGUCCUGGAGUCAGCUCUCAGUGGCCACAAGACUCGCGCGAGUUACACGGUGCAUUACGGUUGGUCUUUUGUACAUAUACGACAGACCGAGAUGUGGAUACGAAUACAUAAUAAUGAGGAGGAAUGAGAAGG